GGAGGAGAACACGACAGCAAAUACGACCAUGAUCAAUUCUUAGGAAAAGACACGGCCGCCGAGUUUGAUGAGCUCACACCAGAAAAAUCCAAGGAGAGACUUGCCAAACUAGUUCCUAAGAUGGACUCCGAUGGAGAUGGCUUCGUCGAGGAGAAGGAACUCAGGGAACAUAUCAGUUUCAUGCAAAAGAGAUAUGUCAAUAAUGAUGUCGAACGAACAUGGAAGAAUUACAAGGAUGAAAAGAUUGCUGAUGGAAAGAUUAAAUGGGAGGAUUACAGAGUCAAAAUGCGAUUUGGUUUAAAUGCAGUAUUGAUAUACUCCCAGGAUGAGAUGAGGGACUGGAUCAUGCCAGUUGGAUUCGAUCAUGCUGAAGCUGAGGCUCGCCACUUGGUUGGUAUCGCCGAUGACAAUAAGGAUGGCAAACUUUCCAUGGACGAGAUUCUUGCCCACUACGACACAUUUGUCGGAUCGCAGGCUACCGACUACGGGGAGCAACUGCAGAAGCACGAUCCCGCCGAGCUGUGA